GCCCUGCGCGCACGCCGCCAUGGCGGACGCCGAGCUGGAGCUGGUGGCGCGGCGGGUCCGCGCCUUCCCCGACUUCCCGGUGCCGGGCGUGCUGUUCAGGGACAUUUCGCCACUGCUAAAGGACCCCGACUCCUUCCGCGCCUCCAUCCGCCUCCUGGCCCGGCACCUGAAGGAGACUCACGGCGGGGGCAUCGACUACAUCGCAGGCCUGGACUCGCGGGGCUUCCUGUUCGGCCCUUCCCUGGCGCAGGAGCUGGGCCUGGGCUGCGUGCUCAUCCGCAAACGUGGGAAGCUGCCGGGCCCCACCUUGUCAGCCUCCUACGCGCUGGAGUACGGGAAGGCUGAGCUGGAGAUCCAGAAGGACGCCCUGGAGCCUGGACAGAAGGUGGUCAUCGUGGAUGACCUGUUGGCUACUGGAGGGACCAUGCGGGCAGCCUGUGAGCUGCUGGGCCAGCUGCGGGCCGAGGUGCUAGAGUGCGUGAGCCUAGUGGAGCUGACCACGCUGCGGGGCCGCGACAAGCUGCAGCCAGUGCCCGUCUUUUCCUUGCUGCAGUAUGACUGAGGGCAGCCAGGCUGUGCAGACCG